AUGCAAAUAUUUAUAUUCGUAACGAACGUGCAAUUACACCAUCACGAAUACGACUACGAUGACUAUGACUAUGACGAUGAGAACUCGAAGCCCCCAACCAGCAAUAAGGUUUCUAAUCAAAAUUCCUCUUUUACACCACGCAGAACAUGCUAUGAUGCGGCUAGAAUGAGACUGCGAAGGAAUAAGGAUUCCGUGGACAAAAACCUCCAAAGAAUCGCCUUCAACACCACCAAACACAUUUGGCAUUCCUUGGUUAAAAAUAUUCAAAAAUGUGGACGAAACGACGACUCGACGACGACGACUAAGGAAAAAAAAACCAAUGAGCCAAAUGUGUCCAGCAAAGACACUAAUAACAUUAACAUCGUUCAUCAACGUGACGUCGUCGUCGGCAGCACCAGCAGCAGCAGCGUCAGCAUCAGCAGCAGUAGCAGUUGCAGAGAAGCAUCUCCAAAAGACCGUAAGGUAAAAGCCUAUGCUUCAGCUCGUCUAAGCAAGUUAGAAGAAGAUGUUCUUUCGGCAAAAACUUAUAAUGAAGCCAUCAUUGGAGGUGGUAUGCUAGAAGAAGAAAUGAAAGUUGAAGAGUUAAAGGUAGUAUAUGAGCAAAUCAACGAAAUAUACCUCGAAUACCGCACAGAGCUGGUGGAAACAAUCGAAAAAUCCUCAUCCAUCGCUGCCACCCCUCCAAUCCUAGGGGUGCCGCCCAGUAAUACAGCUGCACCAUCGACGUAUUCGGGGAUAAGACUUCCACGAAUCGAUUUGCCAAAAUUCGAUGGUUCAUAUACUACCUGGCGUGCAUUCCACGACAAAUUUCAGGCUCUUAUCCACAAUAACAAGAGUAUUGAAGACAUCGAUAAGCUUCAUUUCUUGCAGUCGUGCUUGACUGGUGAUGCAAAUCGGUUUUUACAGAAUUUUUCUGUGGAGGCUGCCAGUUACGAUAAGGCUUGGGAUUUGUUGAAGGAUCGAUACGAUCAUAAGCGCAUUCUUGUACAUACUCAAAUGCAAACGCUUUUUGGUCAACCUUCUUUAUCUCGUGAGACUGCUACGGGCCUUAAGGAUCUUUUGUACACAACAAAAGAAUGUUUUCAUGCACUUGAAAAAAUGGAUGUACCUGUUUCCAGUUGGGACACCGUCCUUAUAUGGUUCCUUUAUCAGAAGCUUCCACACUCUUGUCAAAAGCUAUGGGAAGAAAAAUUAGGUAACAGAAAAGAUUUGCCUACAUUUAAGGAAUUUACCGAGUUUUUGGAGAUCCGUUUUAGAACUCUUGAAGUUAUUGGUCAACAGGAGCAUGAAGCAGCAUUCCGGACUAAAGAGGAGCCAUAUUUAAAAUCAAAGCCACGCGUACAACCAGCUAAGACAAAAGUCAUGCAUGCACAGCAGAUCGUCAAACAGCCAUCAAAAAACGCAGACAAGAGCAACACCGUGGAGAAAUUAAUUUGUAAGCUGUGCAGUCAAGGCAAACACACAUUGAGAAAGUGUCAACAAUUCCUCAACAUGGAUGUCAAAGGUCGACAAGAAGUUGUUUCCAGACUCAAGAUAUGUGAAAAUUGUUUGUCCUACGGGCAUCUUGUGGCAACGUGCUACAGUUUCACAUCGUGUUAUUUUUGUCAAAAAAGACACCAUUCGCUGCUACAUGACAAACAGCAGCAUGCAAGUGGAAGCAACACACACAUGCAACAGCAAUCUUCAAGCAACACACAGAUACAACAAUUUCCUGCAACUAGUGCUUCAUCUCAGGCGAAAACAUUCCAGACGUCAAUAAAUCCGAAUGCUCCUGUGUUUCAACCAUCGGUUGAACAACAACUGCAGUCAACACAAGGACAGUCAUUUAACUACCACGCGUCGCAAAGUGGUUACGCACACCAGGUGCUCAUGGCGACAGCGGUAGUAAAGGUACGGGCAGCAGAUGGUAAGUUACGUCUGCUACGUGCUCUCAUCGAUACAGGGUCAGAAAGGUCCUUCAUCACUGAAGCAGCAGCACAACUUCUGAAAUUAGAAAGAAAGCGUACAAAUGUUGAGGUAUCCGGGUUAGGGUUGGUCAACAACGGCACUGCGCAAUACUCCGUCGAAGUAAGAUUUGCUUCACGCCACUCGACGUUCGAGACUGCCAUCCAGGCGUUGGUCUUCAAGUCGUUGACUGGCCAUCUCCCGACCCAUCGAGUGAUACCUGGCAUUUGGAAACAUUUGAAAGGCCUUUCUUUAGCUGAUCCUCAUCUCUAUGAGCCUGCACCCAUAGACUUACUGCUCGGUAGUGAAGUUUGCGCCGAAAUACUCCUUCCUGAAAUAAGACGUUCGGAAAAUGGAGUUGGACCAAUAACACAAAACACCGAACUGGGGUGGGUUGUGUUCGGGAAAGUUUCAGCCGAAAUUCCUGAGCAAGUUCGAAGCUUCGUUCAAAUUACUGACCUGAGUUCGCAGUUGGAGAAGUUUUGGGAGAUGGAGGAGAUGCCUUUUCAGAAGCAAGAUACUGAAGAAAACAUUGCUUGCGACAAUCAUUUUGAGCGACACACAACACGUUUACCUAACGGGCGUUACGAAGUGAAGUUACCGUUUAAAGGUGAAAAGCAUCCAGCAAUGGGAUCUAGUAGAGAAAACGCUUUUCGACGAUUUCUACAUCUUGAAAAGAGGCUAGAUUCGAAUCCAAAGCUGGCUGAAGCCUACAAAAACUGCAUCAAAGAAUAUGAAGAGCUUGGUCAUAUGGAAGAGGUAGAUGGCAAUGAUGCGGUGCUUCAAUCCCCAUUCCACUAUUUCUUACCACACCAUGCGGUUUUCAAAGAAGCGAGUUCUACAACCAAAUUGAGGGUAGUAUUCGACGCUGCAGCGAAAACGUCCGAUGGAAAAUCCCUAAACGAUUGGUUGCUUGUGGGUCCAAAAUUGCAAUCAAGUAUCAUAGAUCUUGUUCUGAAAUGGCGGACUCACCGAGUAACUUUCACGGCCGACAUCGAAAAGAUGUAUCGACAAAUUUUCGUCAAUCAAUCAGACCGAUACUAUCAACUCAUUUUGUGGAGAGACAGGAAGACGUCACCUGUAAAAAUAUUUAAAAUGAACACGGUUACUUUUGGUACAGCAAGUGCACCAUACAUUGCUAUCAAAAUUUUGAAAAAGGCUGUCCGUGAAGACAUGUACGUUGACGAUCUAAUAAGUGGAGCUGACACCAUUGAAGAAGCACGAAAGAAACGUGACGAAGUUAAGCAACUUUUGGCAACAGCAGGACUCAACCUCAGAAAGUGGACAUGCAACACAAAAGAACUUAUGGAAGAUAUUCCAGUUCAGGAUAGAGAACUUGAUUUUGAACUUCCGUUCAACCUGUCAAAAAAUCAUGUCAAGACUUUAGGCAUCAAGUGGUUCCCCAUAGACGACUUCUUCUCGUAUCAAGGUCUGCAAUCUGCAACAGAGUCAACGACAAAAAGAUCCAUGCUAUCAACUAUAGCCAAAUUAUUCGAUCCUUUGGGCUGGAUCUCACCAUGCAUCAUCACUGCAAAGCUUAUGAUGCAGCGUUUAUGGGAGCUUGGCUGCGACUGGGACGAUCCAAUUCCAGCUACUUUGAAGAAAGAUUGGGAUGCUUUUCUCCGAGAACUCCAUCUGAUCGAACGGCUGCGGAUUCCAAGAUGGAUCCAGUUGAGCAAGACGAAUAAGGCGAUCGAGCUUCAUGGAUUUUGCGAUGCUUCUAUGAAGGCUUACGGUGCAGCAGUGUACGUACGAGUCCUGGAUAGUAAAGGCAAAAUUCAUGUCAAUCUUCUUUUGUCAAAGACAAAGGUAGCACCAAAUCAACGUACAAUAACUCUACCUCGUCUUGAGCUUUGUGGCGCAGUAGUGUUGGCAGAGUUGUUACAAUACACCAAGGAAGUGCUAGAAAUUCCAGAUGUGAAGACGUACGCAUGGACAGAUUCCACAAUUGCACUUGCCUGGAUACGUGCCACUCCCGCCAAAUGGACCACAUUCGUAUCCAACCGUGUGUCGGAAAUCCAGCGGUUAGUGGGGAUCGAUUGCUGGGGACAUGUCGCAACGCUUCAUAACCCAGCCGAUCUGGCGUCCAGGGGUGUAUAUCCAUCGGAACUGGAGUCACUUACGUCGUGGUGGAAUGGUCCAGAGUUUCUGCGAAUAAAAUGGGUAUUCGAUCUUCCAGAUCAACCCACCGAAAUAGACGUUGUAGAAGAACAACGCACAAUAAAGGCAUUCACUAUACAUGCGAGAAAAAGUGAUAGCAUAUUACAGACUAUCUACAACUUUUCGAGUCUUCUCAAGGUUAUAAGAAUUAUCGCCACCUGUUAUCGUUUCAUAACAAGAUGUCGACCCAAGUUGGGACCUAAUACAGGAUCACUUAAACCAAAAGAGUUGGAAAUUGCCCUCCUAUUCAUUGUCAAAGCAGCACAAAAGGAAAUGUUUGAAACCGAAAUUCAACUAAUUCGUGAAAACAAAACACCAAAGGCCUUACGGGCGUUAAACGUGUUCAUCGAUGCUAAUGGGGUCUUACGAGUUGGAGGACGUUUGGAGAACUCUCUGCUUCCCUAUGAAUCUCAACAUCCAAUAUUGCUCCAAAACAACCAUCACUUUACGAGUCUGGUUGUCCGAGAUGCUCAUAAGAACACACUUCAUGGCGGUAUCCAACAAAUGAUAAGCUAUAUUCGAAAACGAUACUGGAUUGGACAAAUACGAAGAAGCGUUAAAUACCAACUGCAUAGAUGCCCUUCAUGCUAUCGCCAAAAGGCAUCCGCAAUGCAGCAGUUAAUGGGAACUUUGCCUGCAGCGAGAGUACGUAUGUCUCGACCGUUUAGUCAUACCGGCGUUGACUAUGCAGGUCCAAUUGAUAUCAAGUCCUGGAAGGCACGCGGUGCAAAAAUCCUUAAAGGUUACUUUGCAAUUUUUAUAUGCUUAGCAACUAAGGCUAUUCACUUAGAAGUUGUUUCAGAUCUCACAACACAAGCGUUUUUAGCAGCAUUUAAGAGAUUUACUGCCAGAAGAGGAAGCUGUGUGAAGGUAUAUAGCGACUGCGGAACUAAUUUUGUUGGUGCUCAUAACGAAUUAGCAAGAAUGUUGAAAGAUGCACAACAUGAUUGGAAGGAAAUUGCGGAAGAAUUAGCAAAUCACGGUACAGAUUGGCAUUUUAUUCCCCCGGCUUCUCCACACUUCGGUGGGUUAUGGGAAGCGGGUGUGAAAUCGGUCAAGUACCAUCUAAAGCGAGUUGUAGGAACAGAAAGGCUAACAUUCGAGGAGCUCGCGACGCUUCUAGCACAAAUAGAAGCGUGUCUGAAUUCGAGGCCUCUUUGCCCUCUUUCCGACAGCUUAGACGAUUUGAAUGCACUCACGCCCGCGCACUUUCUAGUUGGCGAAUCGUUACACGCUAUACCACAAGGCGAACUCGAUAACAACAUUACGCAUAAUGAUCGAUGGAAACGCGUCCAAGCUCUAUCAGAAGGAUUUUGGCGAAAAUGGAAUUCAGAAUAUCUGGCAAGACUUCAGCAACGGCCAAAAUGGACACAAGUCAAAGAACCGCCAAAAAUAGGAGACUUAGUUCUUCUUAAGGAUGAACGACUUCCAUCGACCUACUGGAAUCUUGCAAGAAUCGAAGAAACUCAUACCGGAUCGGACGGGUUGAUACGCGUCGUGACGGUUAAAACACAGAACGGGCAAUUGAAACGGCCAAUAACAAAAAUCUGCCUGCUACCAUCAAACAAAACUGCAGAACAAAUAGCCAUCGGUCAGGGCACACCCCGAUUGGCAUCGGUAGCGACUAAUUCUGGAGGUGGACCCACAUCUGUGUCACACGGACAUAGUUUUGGGCCGGCCAACAAGAAGUCCAAGUUGUCACAGGCCAAUCGAGACCAACGCAAUGCUGAGAAGAUUCUAGCCGCCGUCGGUGUCAUACCGGCGGCGGAAAGAACAUCGGAGCAAACGCGAAAACUCGAAUGGGCUAGUGGGUUUCUUAGCAAAAAUAUCAAACCGACCUGUGGCGACUUAACGUCAAAGUGCAAUAGGUCUUUCGAGGGCGACAAACCUAAACCAAAAAGGCAGAAGGUGCAUUUCAACAGCACAACAGCCUUCAAUAAAGAUCUUUACAUCAGCGACGCGCUCAAAGGAAAGAUCAUAGCCGCAGUCAUUGACAGGAGUCAUGUGGAUGAUAAAAAGCGUUUAAAGAAACACCUUAUGCUAAACAAGACAAAAGCAAGCUACAAUCACUUUAAUAUAAUACGAAUCCCAUCCGUCUUUUCGAAGACUUAUGUGAUUCUGUCGCCCUAUGAAAAGGCGCGUUUGGAUCAGGAAUUGAAGAAAGGAAUGAGAAAUGAGCUCCUUACUUUGGAAGAGAAGGAUGAGAAAAAUUUCCAAGGUAACGCUCUCCUCCCUCGUUUGGUGCGUAUUGUUGUCCUCGAUGAAUCACGCAUGAAGCUCGAUUACGUGGUGGGUUUGAAAAUCGAAGGUUUCUUGGAACGUCGUUUCCAGACCCAGGACUUCAAUUUGGGAUUGACCAAGUUCAUCCAUCACGCUCGUGUCUUGAUCCGUCAAAGACAUAUCCGUGUCCGCAAACAAGUCGUCAAUUCGUUUGGACUCACAGACAAACAUAAAUUCUCCCUGAAAUCGACCUUCGGUGGUGGCCAUCCAGGUCACGUGAAGAGGAAGAACAUGAAGAGGAACCAAUGAGGUGCCACACCAGCUGAAGAAGAAGAAGAUUAA